UCGUCGUCGCGCGCGCCAAUCUUCGAAUCGCAAUCGCCUCGUUCGGACACACGAAUGUCAAGUCCUGCUGAUCGUGAGAAGAUGCCGGGAAUAAUUCACCUCGUUAUUGUGACCAUCGCACUUGGAGCCACUCUCCGUGUAACCGAAGCGAAUGUUCUCAACCGAGUUAGACGCCAAUCCCAGAGCACGGACGGAGAGGUCAUCGAUAACAUAUUCAACAUUCCAAUUACAGCCAUCCAGCAGACUUCAAUGGCUGCCCAAAAUCUAUAUCCAGAUAGUAGCUCCGGCAUAGACAGUGUUUUCAAUAUACCAGUUGCAACAUUGGAGGCGAUAAGUAACCUCAUAAAGAACCGGAACACACUGUCCCAGCGACGACCAGCGGAUGCCUCUGCCGAUAUUCAAAAACGUCGCAAGGAGAAACGGGAUCGGAUCCAUGCUCACCGUCAAGAACAGAGACAAUCAGGACGAUUCCACGAUCGCGAUCUCGAGCAGCAGUAACGACGCUAACGACAAUGUAUACGAGGUGACAGAAGAGGUGGACGAGGAUAAAUCGGGAUCGGGUGGAUGGUUCGAUUUCACUAGCUGGCUAGGAGGUCACAAAACGUCAUCGCCACAGAGAAAUCGGAACAAAAUCGCCCCGCGUCCCGACAGGCGGAAGUACGGGAGAUACGACGACGAACAAGAUGCACCGCUGGAGAAUAAGAUAGCUCCAAAAUUCGACAGAAAUAAUCGUUACAGAAAUCAGUACCCUAACAGACCUUUGGAGAACAAAAUUGCGCCGAGCGAAGACAGAACAUAUAAUCGAAGAAAUUAUGCAGAUCUACCGUUGGAAAACAGGGUUGCUCCAAGACGCGAAGGACGUAGCAGAAUUGUGUUUGAGCCUCGAAGUUAUUAACUUUGACGACUGAUCGUAUCAACCAUUUUCCUAUCAAUUGUAUAAAAAUUUCAACAUUGUCUCACAAUGCAAAUUGCUCAGUGAGUAUAUGCCGUAAGACGAUAUCAAAUGGUCACUUCCUAUGCUAGUAGAUGCACAUAUUUUCCCAUCCAGCACAGCUAUAUGCACUUUCAUUCAUAAAUAUUUCAUAAUUAGUGAUAAUUAAUUCACAAUAUUUAUGUGUACAACGUAUAAAUUAAUGAUGUCUGGAAAUUAUUAGAGAGCAUUCGUAGAAGCUCGAUAAAAAAAAAAUGUACAUAUUUAUAGGUAUUAAAAUAAAUAUCUAAUAUGAAUAAUAAAACGUCAU